AGAAGGCGGAAAAUCUCGUUAAAAUUAUCCCAAAACGAACAUAAAGCGUGGAGAUUGAGGAAAGUACGUGGAAAAACGAAGAACCGAAAGUUGUGAAUCACAAGGGUAGCAAGUAUCAAACUGAGAUUUUUAUCGCCCGGUAUUACCUGUGCCGUGUUUUCUGUCGAGCCUCGUUUCCGUUUGAACCGGGCCGUGGUAGUUCUGGGAGCUCGCGCAAAUUUAUUGAAAUCGUGCUCCCAUCGAGCAAGUAAAAGAAAACCAUCAAUUAUUAACCUUCAUCCCGGUGGUUAAAGACCGGUGAGGCACGUGUCACGCCUUCACAUCCCCCCUGUCAGGAUGCUUCGUUUUGGAUUAUUAAAGUACAAGAAAUUGAACAGCAGCAGCAGCAGUGGCCUCGGUGUGAUGCCCUGCGAGGGAGCUACUUUGGGUCCUUGUGCCGAUAAUGGCAAUCAGCAGCAGCAGACGUCGACACCUGUGCGGCAGCAUCACCAGCAGAUACACAAUCAGCUGAAUGGGAGCCCGAUGAAAAAUACCAAUACGCUCACCGCAGAUUUUCCAAUCAACCAAUGUGCCAAAAACUCAACCCCGGACCGAGUCCGACACCAUGACCACCAGCAGCAUACCCCAAGCAAAUCGCGAUCCAUCCUAGUGCUAGCCACUACGUCACCGAGCCGCAAUUACAAACCUCUCAACUCAGCGGAACGUCCAUCCGUGCCGAAAAAACGCACAUCCACAGCCACCGCCCUCAACUGCAAGGCUCGCAUCUACAAGUGUAUCAAGCGAAUCCUGAAAAGGAACAACUUUUCCAAGGAGCAGAAAAUUUAUCCACAGCAGCAGCAGCAUCAGCAGCAGCAGCAUCACCAGGUGCAAGAUAAAUCAAAAGCUGUCGACUACCGAGAGAUUAAAAGUUUACUGGAGAAGGAAAAGCCCCCGCUGGAUUACGACGUUAACCUGGCCAAGUUUGUGGACAAACCAGCGCUGAUCAAGAAAAUUGCCCUGAAUUUACUGAAAUCAGCAGAAGAUGAAGAUCGCUCCCUGGUGAUUGCCCCCGAGCGCCUCUCGGAGACCACCUCCAUCCAGAGCGAUCUCGAGCAGGAAGCCGAGUACCAGCGGCUGUGCGCCGAGUCGUGGUUCCACGAAAACCUCCCCCGGGACCUCUCGCUGGACCUGCUCAUCAACCAGACACCCGGCAGCUUUAUCGUCCGCCGAAGUUCUACCAAACAAGACUGCUACGCCCUCUCGCUGCGGGUACCCCCACCUGGACCAAAGAUCGCACACUACCUCAUCGUCCGGACGGCCACCGAAGGCUACCAGAUCAAGGGUUUCCACAAAGAAUUCACCUCCCUGCGGGCACUGAUCGUGCACCAUUCGGUCAUGCCGGAAGCACUUCCCAUUCCGCUCGCCGUACCGAGACCCGCCAAUCUGGCUGUGAAAACCAAAUGCGAGGACGACUACGACACCGUGUUCGAUCUGUCACCGGAAACGACCCUCGCCUGAAUUAGACUAGAAUUAGCCGCAUGUGCUCAAAACCUCUCCCGCCCCCCUACUGAUCCCUUCUCAAUAUAAUCUAGUAUUUGGGCGUUGAGGAACUUUUACCAAAUCCUUAUUGUUACCUAUAUCGUGUAAGCUAUUAUUAACUUUACAUAGAGCAAUAUAAAUUAUUUAACAGAAA